AUGUUAGGUGUAACAGGAAACAGACGUCAGUGCUGAAUGUUGUACAUGUAAAAGAAAUGCAAACGAUCCGGAAAGAGCAAGAAAUACAGGCGGACUGAACUAUUAUAAACACACACGCACGCGCACAAACACACUCACACACACGCAUGCACGCACACACACACACACACACACGUACGCACGGAAACACCGGCUGUUUACUUUCACUUAGACAGUUCUUCAUUUCUGCAAUCAGAAGUACAAUGGAGCAGAAGAUAAACGAUGUUGUGCAGAUGUGCUGUGAGGUCUCAGCGAGCUGGGAGAUGAAGGCUGCAGUGAAAGGUUCUCUGAAAGGAGGAGCGAUGGCUGGAGGGAGCGCUGUGAUGGGGGGCCUGCUGCUCGGACCGGCCGGAAUCGCUGUCGGUGCAGCAGUCGGAGGUCUUCUGGGUGCCUGGAUGACCAACGGUCAGUUUAAACCAGUUCCUCAGAUCCUCAUGGAGCUUCCAGCACAGGAGAAACAGAAGCUUUACUCUGAGAUCAGUGUGAUUCUGGGAUCUCUGGACUGGACAGACGUCACUCAGCUGAUGUUUAUUGUUCGAGGAAAUAACACACUGCUGCAGAGAGUCGAAGCUGGGAUUCAGUCUUUCGUAAAUAAAAGUCUAGGUGCUGAACUGAAAUACGGAGACUAAGAGCAGAGACGUGAGAGCAGCACAGAACUCUCGAUAAAAUAGAAUCUGUUUUUGAGUGAAUAUUUAAUCAUUAGAUAUUUCUGUAAAGCUGCUCUGUGAUCCACUGUGUACAAAUAAAUUAAUUAGAUUCACCAUUUACAAA